UAUGGCGACCGUCUGAAACUCCGAUAAACGUCAAGUGAACUUUUGAAGAAUAAAACACGAAAUAACUCGGUAUAGAGCCCUAAAUCACAAGUUAACUUACAGAUAGAGAAGGUACUCACCAUAAUAUUAAAUAUUUUGACUUAAUUUGUUAACGAAUUGCUAAAACUAUCACAGUAAUUGUAAAAAUAAAGACGCAACAAUACAACCGUGUGGUGUGGGUUGAUGUCAACACAAUUAUUAGGUAUUUAAUCGAUACAAUGCUUGUGUUUUUUCGUGGUUUUAAUCUAUAUAAGCAGGUGUCCUGUGAUAAAGUAUUAAUAGAGCAAUUCCAUGAGUUUUUUCGAGGAGAGAAUGUCAGCAGGGUAUGGUUAAAUCAAACAUGUUGUGUUGUUAAAAAUGGAGAGCAUUUUUUGUGUACAGGGUAUGGAGAAAGUGAUUUUAAUAAGUUAGGUAUAAACAAUUUAAACCCUGUUGAUGUUAGUAUGACAGAUGAUAAGGUUUUUAUGUUGGGAGAUUUAGGGUGUGUCUGUAAAGUUAACUUAAAUGAUAAAGAUAUUAAAUUAAGCAAAAUAAUGAAUCUGGGGUUAAGUGAUAACGAUAAAGUAGUAAAAAUAGCCAGUGGGGCCAAACUUUUUGUAGCCUAUUCUGAAGAGGGUUAUAUUUUUAACAACCUGAACAAAUUAAACGUAAAAAUAGCCGAUGUAAAAGACAUCAAAUGCGGUAGAGAACACUGCUUACUUUUAACCAAAAAAGGCGACAUUUACUCUUUCGGUAGAGGCAGCCGAGGCCAAUUGGGGCACGGCAACCUCGACGACCUUGAAAAUCCCCUGCUAUUAAACGCUCUAGCAGGAAUAAAAAUAACGCAAAUUUCUUGCGGCGAUUGGCACUCCUGCGCAGUAAGCGACACAGGCGACCUCUACGUUUGGGGAUGGAACUCCAACGGCCAACUGGGUUUAAAAAAAUCAGACAUGGUUGCCGUUAGUUCCACCCCGUGUUUAGUCGACUUUCCCGGGGAGGUAAACGUGGCAACGUUGGCAUGCGGAAGUCGACAUACGGUUGUUUUAUUGGACAACAAAAAGCUUUUUGGUGCCGGUUGGAACAAAUAUAAGCAGCUAAAAGACGACGAGGCCUGUGAUUUUUUCGACUUUACUUACCUCCAUGAUUUUAGUGAGUUUUUAGAGUCCACUGUGGUUUGUGGACCUUGGAAUACUUGUGUGCUAUGUCAAUAGGUUUUUAUAACUAUAUAUUUUGUAUUAUUGAUUCUUGACAAUAAAACUUAUUGUACAAUGUAA